AUGCUCAGCUCGACCACAGGAACGGUGGAGCAAAAAUCUCCACAAGCUACCGAACCGAGCUCCACCGGCAUCAAUGGCACGAAAGAACCGCUCAGAACAUGUUUAAUGUGUUUGUUACCCUUCGAGGAGCUCAGUUCGAUUGGAACCGAUUCGGUGGAAGAGUUGAAACGGAUAGUGGAUAAUAUUUAUAAGAUUGCCAAAAUAGAGGUUAAACCAGUCAACGGAAAGAUUGAACCCCUAUGUAACGGAUGUCGGGCGAAACUGGGCUACGAUUACGACGAGGAUGCCUACUUUGAUAUGCUUAGCCAGAUGUACAACAGUGAGGCACAGUGUAAAUCGCCCACAAUCACAAUGCACAACGGCAUCCCGGUACAUGUGGCCGUACCGUGCGAUCCCAGUCCCGACUCACCGGCGUUGGGCCCCGGUGGACACUACAUCGAUGCCGCCUGCGGUACGUUUGUGGUGACGGAACUGGGCGUCGAGGCGUUGAAUGCGGACAAGGAUGAGCUGGUGUGCGCCAUCUGCUCGAAAGCGUUCAAUUUUAAAUCCACGCUUCGGUUGCACAUCCGCAGCCAUCAUCAAACGGCACCCCGGGACACGAUCGAGCUACCGAAGCAUCCGCGCAAACCGCGCACCUACGAGUGUACAGAGUGUAAUCUUAGCUUUAAGCUAAAGUACGACUUUGAUAAGCACAUCGGCAGCCACAAGAAACCAAGCAUGCACCAGUGCGAAGGUUGCUUCAAACUGUUCAAGCACAAAUCCUACUAUCUGAUGCACCGGAAUCUGAAACGGUGCAAGGCACAGUUUUCGAUCGAUCUGACCAAUCCGCUGGAAUCGUUCCUAACGUCGGCCGAUGUGCAGCAGGCAGUAGAACUGGACACGACCCCGGUAGUGCCAUCGACCGGACGGCGGAAGAACGGUACAGCGAAGGAUCGUUCCAGUGGGUCUGCUGCGCUCAGUUCCGUGUCACCGUUUCCUUUACAAUGUACGCCGGAGCUGGGUUCCCUAACUGACUGUGGCAUCCGGAAUGCUAGCUAAGGUAUUUUUAGCAUCGUAACUAAGG